GUUGACAUUUUGACAUUCCGUGAUUCCCCUGAUUACGUGUGGAAAGUGGAAAGUACUUGAGGCAUUUGAGAUUGGAAUUCUUACAUAAAAGCUAGAUCAGCAUUAUUUAUCGUUAACUUUUGCAGUUCUGCAAGUAUCAGUAAUAAUACCCAUUAUCUGUCUCUAAACAGUCUCAUAAUACUUGUAGCUUACGCACAAUAUUUGUUAUUUUCGUAUAAGGAUGUUUUUUAAAAAUAGGUGCUGAUCAAAAUCAAAACAAAGGAUGGAUACCUCAAAAAGUGGGAAUGUGGUGAAGAUCUCCAAUUUGGACAGUGCAGCUACAGAAGAUAAACUGGAAGAACUUAUUAUGCUCUUAGUCAAGCUGAAAGGUAUAGUUCAAAACAUCAUCAUUUGUCAAGUGGGCAAUUUCGCUUAUGUUUUAUUCCAAGAACAUUGUGACGCUGAAGAAACAGUAAUGACCUUGGAUGGGAUGUAUUAUAGGUCCACCAAGCUUAGUGUAACACUCCCUGAUGAGAAUGAGAGUGAUGAAGCUUUCUUGUUGAUGAACAUUUUACAUACAAAGAAACAUGAUUUAAAUGCAAAUAGCAAUGAAAAAAAUGAGCAUCAAGACACAGAUGAGAAAAAUUCAGACAUUUGCAGUGAAGAACAUAGUGAGGCUACAAGUAAAUCUACUGGUGCAUCUGAUACAGAAAGUGAGGAUGAUAGUGCUUCAGAAUCUUCAGCCAAAUCAAAAAAUGCAAAUGAAUCAGGGCAAAUAGAUAAUAGUCUAAACAAUCCUAAUAAUAAAAGAAGUAGAGGUUCUAGACGAAGGCGUAGAUUGGGGACAUUUAACAAUAACAGUCAAACUACAAGAAAUGAUAACCCCAAUAGUAGGGGCAGGGGCAGAGGUAGAGGUCAAAGAGUUGGACCUAGAUAUAACAAUCACAAUAAUGAUCGAUAUAAUGUUCAAAAUAAACCCCAUCAAGAUUCAAAUCACAGUCAUCAUAAAUAUCCCAACAGUCGAGCGUUUCAUAAUUCUAAUUUUCAGUUUUACAAAAGAUCUGACUUAAUGAAGUCUAAUACAAGAAAUCAGAAUUAUCAAACUGGUAACAAUCGUGCAACUAUGCCUCCAAAUUUUAUAUUUGACGGCACCAAUCCAAGUUUUCCAGAUUUUAGCGUCCCUCCUCCAAACUUUUCUCCUCCCGUUAACAAUGAAUCUAACACUCAACCUGCAACUAAAAACAUCAACCUCUCUAUUAACUGGAACCAACAGAGAGCAGAAAAUGAUAAUAAUGGCAACAGACCUAACCUUUUCACUGGUUUUUCACAAAAUCAAGCAUUCUGUCCACCUGGAAACAAUUUUACUCAGAACCAAAAUAAAUAUAGACCAAAUAAUCAGAACUUUCAAGGUCGAAAACCUCAAAAUUACGUAUCACCAAAUAAUUUAAGAUCUGGUCAACACACAUUAUUAAAGGCAUUAGGUAGUACUCCAUCAGAUACAAGUUCAGGUCAAAGUACACCUUCUCUAUCCCCUUUGAAGCAGGCAGCAGUAACUAGCUCAGGCACAGUUGUCCAAGAGACUGUAUGUAGAACCCCUCCACCUCCAUAUUCCGCAACUUGUGAACCUGCUACUUCUACCAACAUUGUAGCAUCUAACACAACUCAAGAAGCUGCAUCUACUCUUACUCUAGCUUCUGGUUCUACCUCAAGUGCUCAGAGUACUCUGGGUAGGACCCCAUUAAAAGAAAACAAAUUGGAUAUUGCUAGAGCUGAAGAGGCAAUUAUCGGUUUGACUAUAGGAUCAAGAAGGUAUGAUGUAAAGCCAGGUAAAAAAAAGAAGUCUGAUGACUGUGUAAUUUUGUAAAUGUUUUUUUUUUCAUGUAAUGUGAUUUUUAUUUAAUGGCUCGAUUUUCUAAUCACAGGUUGAUUCUAACUUUACUGCUAGAAGUUAAUCCCCAAAAACUAUUUUUCAAUGUAAUGUAAUAUAUAAUUGACUUUAACCGGAAGACCAUCAAUGGGUUUACAGUAUAUUGAGGUUAGGAAAUUUCAAACUGCCGAUUCUCUUUUGAUACUAAAUCAAUUCCAGGGUUACGCGGUUUAGCUUAGUAUCAUAACAGACUUGUCAGUUUGAAUUAAAAGAUGCAGUGUCUAACCUAUACCCUAUUUCACGAGUAUCAAUCACUGUAGAAUGACAGCUGAUUAUCUAGUAAUAUCUUAAAAUUCCGCAUAUCGGCUCAGGACUCAUAUA